AUGCGAACAUUCUAUCGCGGGGAAUACACCGCCGCCCUGUCGAUUUACCGCCAAAACAUUGAGGAAGCGCGCGACCAGCACAUACGAGGCUACGCGCUUUCGUGCGUGCAGCGGUCCCUGUUCGCCGCGCCGUUCAAGGCAGCCUUUGGCCGCCUUCAUCAGUACCGCUGCCUUCUGUCCCUUCUAGCGCCCGACGGUACGUGUACCACCACGCAUCUCGAGUCGGCGGCCUUGUUGCGCCGUACUCAGACUGCGGUGGACGACCCCGCCACAGAUGCUCAGGUGCACACCGUCACACGGGCUUUGGCGACGUCACCUUAUAACACCCCACUGCAGGACGUCCCCUUCUCUCACGAGGAGGUCGUAGACGUACUCCGCCGCACGCCUAACAACUCCGCCGCCGGACCCGACAACAGCACGCCCUUGAUGAUGAAGGCCCUCUGUCGCUACCACCCAGACUUCUUGCUUAUGAUCUUUAACGCAGCUCUUUCCUUGGGGUACUUCCCCUGCUGCUGGCGAAGGGCGAGAGUUACCUUCAUACAUAAACCUGGCCGCCCUCCAGAGCGUACCUCUUCGUACCGGCCGAUUUGUGUCAGCUCGGUUUCCGGAAAGAAGCUCGAGCGAUUGCUCAAUGGCCGGCUGCAGUAUUUCCUGCAUGCCAAUGGCCACAUACACCCCCGACCGUACGGUUUCACGCGCGGUCGCAGUUCCGUCAUGGCGCUUCACGAUCUCAAGGAUCAACUCCUCAGAUUUCGUAACGCCUGUACGCCUGCCAUUCUGAUUUCGGUAGACUUCCACGGAGCGUUUGAUAGCGUGUGGCACCCGUAUGUUCUCCGGUACUUCCGCGAGCGCUUGCUGCAUAGCAAGCUCUACCAUCUGCUGCGCACGUUUCUCGAGGAACGCACGGUAUUUUUACGCUCACACGCGGGUCAGGUCGAGGCUUCCCCGUCGCUGAGUAGUCCUCAGGGGUCCCCCUUAUCUCCGCUCCUGUGGAAUGUCGUCAUAGACAACCUCCUUUUCUUGCGGAUGCCGCGCGGCGUAACCGUACAGGCGUACGCAGAUGACACCGUCAUCCUGCUGCCAGCAGCCACGACCGCUGCACUGUCAGAGCUCACGCUAGAGGUCCUUCGUCGCGUCCGGCUCUGGGCCGACUCGGUGAAAGUAAGCCUCAAUCGGGACAAGACUUUCUGCGUCCUCUUCCACCAUGGCGCUAGGGGCGUAGCGCGAACGCGUAUCACGGUGCGUCCGCCUGGAGCACAGACCGCUCUCGCAUUUAAGGACUCCAUCCGAAUCCUUGGUGUGGUUUUUGAUGCGCGACUUUCGUUUUUUAAACACGCGGACUACCUGCGAGACAAGGUCACCACCCUAGCGGCUCGCGUCGCCGCGUUUUAUGCAAUGCAGGGCUCGCGCGUCCGUUCUGCACACAAGACCAUUUUGUAUCGGCAGGUGGUCCUACCUGCACUCACAUACGCGAGUCCCAUCUGGUGGAGCGAGUCGCGAGUGGACUGCCGCCUUUAUGCCAGGAUCGUGUCCAUCCAGCGCGUUGCCCUUCUGGCAAUCCCCGGGGCGUUCCGCACCACCAACACCGCGGCUCUGCAGCAUCCCUCGUUACCAGCUAUUGCACCGUUUAGACGACUGUCGCGCCACGCAGCCUGCAACGCCUGCCGCGUACCCGGCAUACCCAUCUACACAGAUGGCUCGUACACCAACCUGUCCGCGGGGGCGGCCUACGUGGUUUUCGACCCCAAGCAGCAAGUGGCUGCCAUCGUGUUCAUCGACGCCGUGUUCAUCGUGUUCAUCGACGAGAGCCUUCGACGAGAUACAGGAGAAGCAAAGUACCAACCAAUGCUUCGAUGA